GAUAAAAGCCUUUAACUCCCAGCGCAGGUGGCCAGGAGUUGCUACGGGUCCCACCUAAUCCCCAGGUGGCUAGGGGGUGCUGUGGUGGGCAAGCAGGAAUGCCAGCCUCCUCCCCACACCUCUGGGGAGAGUUGCUAGCCAGGGGCCGGUUAUUGCCCCCUGCAGGUGCUAAUGAGGAGGCAAGUGGAAAUUGAGUGAAAAAGAGCCUCUGGAGAUGGGCUGGGAGAAGCUGCCAGGAGGCUGAAGCUGGGAACUGCCUCCUUGUAAUGCACGUUGAUCUCAGAGAAAUUCACUUACCAUCUGACCAAAGAUGAUCUAUGAGACCCUUAAAAAAAAAACCAAAACCUGUCAUGUGGUCUGCCCAGAGCGGACCUAGAUCGGAGACCAUCACCACCCUUGAGAUCGAUUCACGAAAGUGUUAGUGUUUUUAUUCUAAGGGAUGAUCCCUGACUUUGAUUUAGCAACAAGCGUUCAAACCUUUUUAUUUCCACGUGGGCUGGUGAGAUGGCAGGGAUGGGUAGGGCAUGACCCUUCCCAUUGCAAAGAAGAGGAAACUGGGCUUGAAAAAAGUUAAAGGUCACUUUUAGGUGACCUGAAAAUCCACAAAAACAUGCUAUUCCCAGACAUCGGACCAAAUUAGUCCAGGACUAAAAUGAAUGGAAUGUGCUUCCCCAUUCCUUUUCAUCCAGUUUGGGUGGAGUUGUGUUGGGGAGGGGGUGGAACAGGGCCAGGGGCUGUGCGUGUGCUAGCUGUGCCCGCCCCAGAUGUGGGAAUGCCCCGCAGCAGCCAGGGGGUGAUAAGCACCCUGCAGGUAGAUGAGAAAGCCCGCAGGGUGGAAAAGUCCCAGGUCAGUGCAAACUCACGCUUAGAAUGCCUGUAGGAGCCUAUGCGUCAGGUUGUCAAGAACUCCUGAAGCUUCUGCCUCCUUCGUUAGGAAGGGGUGGAGCAGAGUGUGGCCAGUCCUGGGCUUCUGCUGCCUGUGCCUCCCUGAGCCCGCCAAGUCUGGCCUUUCCAUGAUGUGCGUAUCAACGUCAUGUGCCCAGGAGAUGGGCCGCCCUUUCCAAUGAGAAAACGGAGUCUGGGACAGUGACUUGCCCAGGGUCACAGGAUGUGGAGGUGGAUGGGCAGAACUGGACCUUUGCCUUUGACUUCUCCUUCCUGAGCCAAGUGGAGGAGCUGGUGUGGGCCGAGCUCCGGCUGCAGCUGUCUGGCCCUGUGGACCUGCCCCCCAGCGUGCCACUGUCCGUCGAGAUUCUCCACCAGCUAAAGCCGGAUGCGGAGCAGGACCCAGCGGACUGCCGGGAGCGUCUUCGGAUGGACCUGUUCGCUGUCCCCCUGUCCCAGGUUACCUUUGCCUCAGGCAGCAUGGUCCUGGAGGUGACCAGGCCACUCUCCAAGUGGCUGAAGCACCCCGGGGAGCCAGAGGCGCAGAUGUCCGGUUUGGCUGGAGAGUGUCAGCAGCGGCCUCCCCCGCCGCCUGUCACUAGCGUGCUCCUCGUGCUCUACUCCAACCUCUCCCCAGAGCAGAGGCGGCUGGGCGGCUCCACCUUGCUGUGGGAGGCUGAGAGCUCGUGGCGGGCCCGGGAGGGACAGCUGUCCCAGGAGAGGGGCAGGCGGCACCGUCGACACCACUUGCCGGACAGAAGCCAGCUGUGUCGGAAGGUCAAGUUCCAGGUGGACUUCAACCUCAUUGGAUGGGGCUCCUGGAUCAUCUACCCCAAGCAGUACAAUGCCUACCGCUGCGAGGGCGAGUGUCCUAACCCCGUGGGGGAGGAGUUCCAUCCCACCAACCACGCGUACAUCCAGAGUCUCCUGAAACGAUACCAGCCCCACCGAGUCCCUUCCACCUGCUGUGCCCCCGUGAAGACCAAGCCGCUGAGCAUGUUGUAUGUGGACAAUGGCCGAGUCCUCCUAGACCAUCAUAAAGACAUGAUUGUGGAAGAAUGCGGGUGCCUUUGA